UGUACUGAUAAACAUGUACUUAUCAGUGUUUGUGUAGCUAUGGUCGAAAGCAGACAUAUUUUGUGAAUUGAUUUUAAAUUACCAGCCAACCGACGUAACGUAUAUAGAUUUAAUUGUGAUAUGUGGUGAUGUGAUAAGACUCGAAACGUGUUCAAAAUGGACUACAUAGACUUUAAAGAAAAGGUUGUGAUUGUGACUGGUGCCAGUUCAGGUAUUGGAGCGAACGCGGCAAAAGCCUUUGCUGUUUAUGGAGCAAGACUGACGUUAGUCGGAAGAGACGAGAGCAGGCUGCUGGCUGUCGCGAAACACUGUGAGUCUUGGAGCAAGACGGAGCCCCUCUGCCUUCUACUAGACCUGACCCAGCCGGGCAGCUGCGAGAUCGUCAUCGAGAAAACUGUAGAAACAUUCGGAAAAAUCAAUGUUCUCGUCAACUGUGCAGGAAAACGGAUCAAAUCGUCCAUGUUUAAUACGUGUAUGAAGUCCUUCGACGAGCAAAUGAACAUAAAUGUUAGGGUACCGGUGUUUCUGACGAAGUUAGCAUUACCACACUUGAUCAAGACAAAAGGCAACGUGGUGAACGUUGUGUCAUCAUUUACAAAGCGUUAUAAAGAAGAUUACGUUCCGUAUACAGUAUCGAAGAGUGCGUUAAAGAAGUUCACAAAUAUAGCAGCACCUGAGUUGAUGCCACAUGGUGUUAGAAUCAACGCAGUCAGUCCAGGCAUCACGAAAGAAAGUCUGACUAACGAUAUUGUCUUAAGAAGUGAAGUAACGAACACGUUUGAAGCUCUCGAGUCGCAGUUACCGUCCGGCGCGGCGUUGGAAAUGAAAGACGUUGUCCUGAUGAUCGUGAUGGUGGCGAGCGACAUUUUUCCUAACAUGAACGGCUCUAAUACAUGUAUAGAUGGCGCCACCUGUAUGAUGUGAUACGCCAUAGAAAUUUAUCUCUUGUUUGUAAAUGUUUAGGUCUACUUUUGUAAUUAAAUAAUCAUAUCUGCA